UCCUAUCGACCUCGCCAUUUAUCAUCUUAUGUUUUCAAGAUAAAUUUCGUUACACGGUGAACAAAUUGGACGAAUGAAUUGUAGAUUAAUAGGGUAUAAUUGAUGAAUAUCUAAUAAUUUCUAAUAUAUUUGUGAGUGAUCCAAGUGAUUGAAUAAGUAGUGUACAAGUUGUGAGGAUGUAUCUAGUCCCUGGAUAACUAGAAUCAUGAAUAAGUGUGAUCACAUGGGAAAGUGUCAACGAUCAAUAACAUAACCAAAAUGAAGUGAUCAAGUUUUUUUUAGCGGUGUUUGAUCAGCUCUUUUUUUUUUCUAAACCAUGGUGUCUAGUGAUGUUGAAAAAUUCUUACCUGAGCCUGAGAAUUAUGCAAAAUGCUUCCACGAGCUGUUUAAAAACCUUGGUGAAGUUCAAAGGGCAAAGGCAGAUUGGAAGAAAUCGAAGAAAACGAAAACAGCGAAGAAAAAAGACAAGAAAAACAAGUUGGAUGUGGGUGGUGAUAUAAGCUACAACAAUCCACCAGAAGUAGAACUGCCUAGCAAUGCAUCUGCAUUUGCAGUUUUUGCCAGUGUCAGAGCUGCAGUUUUGGAAAAACAUGCUAGAGCUACAACUGAGGUCUUCAGGACCUCAAGUUGUAGUUCUCCACCAUUACCUGACCUUAGCGAUACCAUCGAUAGCGACAGCGAUGAAGAAGUCAGAAUUUCAGCCCCACAUAAUUUACCAAAGAUUGUCGGCAUCGGAUUACGUAGUGUGUUUACAUUAAUGCGAGAAAGUAGAACGGUCGAACCCCAGUUAUGUACAAAAGCUUUAUGCGCGCUCUUAGAUGUAUUGCAAGGCCAACUUCCCGAAGGUCUCGGAUCUGAACCUGAUGACGUUGUUGAUCCGCUUUUCGAUCUUUUGCUGGACCUCGCGACAUCACACGGACCAGAAUCAGCAGCGGCCAAUGACGGGAGUCAUUUGACCGCUGUUGCUUGCGCGUGUUUGCUGAGCUUAGUUGUAGUUAGAGGUGACACUGGUCAACUAUUAGCGGCAACAGCUGCUCUACUGAUGUGCCCAAGAGCACUUGCUGCUCAAAAUAUUCAAAUGCCAUGUGUAUUGACCGCGUUACAAAGAAGUGUCCAUAGCGUUUUGCUUGGUAAAUUAGCAAGACCCGAUUGGAUAACGCACGGAGUUCCUAAAAGUUCUAAGAUUAAUACAUCUACGCUUAAAUUACUAAAUGAAAUGAGUAACGUUGUACUGAACGGGAGGAGUUUCGUCAGCGAUGGAAAGUACCUGUAUUUACACACCAGUCGGGGAUUGUUGAAAAUCGGUAGCGGACAUGGUGGGACUAUUUGGGGGCAUUUAUACGCUCAUAAAGUAGAUUUUUAUCCAACGGAAACUGGGUGGCUAGGAUUUGCGAACGGACUGCUAUAUUUUAAAUGCACGCCCAGAAAGCAAUGCGAGUUAUUAAUAUUAGAUGCAGAAACCUUGGUAGUGCGAGGUGUAGCUGUAUUGGAAGGUCGCGACUGGCCGGCAUCUGUGAUGUUUUCAGAUGGAGAAAAUUUGGGCAUGAUUACCGCAGCCAAGGAUGAAGGCUUUGUUGUACGUACGAUAAAUACACUGAGUAAUCCCGUGACCGUUACUUCUGAGUUACCAUUAAAACUGGCAAGAAAAUGCGUCGACGUUAUCGGUUCCUCGUCUUUCGACGAAGAACAAAAUGUUCACACGUUAAAUAUCGGUUGUGACGACGAAAUUUCUUUCGUAACAGCUGGCAAAGAAUUUGCCUUACUCAGAACUGUUAGUGGAAAGGUAUUGUACAGUGGUAAAAGAAGUUCUUUAGGUAUAAAAGGAAAUGGACGGCCUAACAGAUGGUCUGAACUAACUCUGGGAAAAGGAUCUCGAGUGACCCAUAUUACAGCAGGUCACGAUGGGCAACACGCCAUAAUCCUUCUGGAAGAUGGAUCUGUAUUAUUCGCUGGAACUGCGAGACGUGGGGAGGAUGGUGAUAGUAAUAAGGCUCGGCGGCAGCCGAAACCAGUAAAACCAAAGAAAAUGCUCAAGGUUGAGGGACAGUUUAUUGUCGAUGCAGCCUGUAACAAUGGAUCAACUGCUCUCGUGUCAAAAGACGGUUCGGUCCUGAUGUUUGGAAAAGAUACGACACAUUGCGACAGCGUUUCCGGUGUUGUUACAGAUCUCAGCGACGUUCAUGUCGCGCAUGUCUCUCUUGGAAAAGCCCAUGCUGUUGUUCUGACCAACAAGGGACAAGUUUAUACAUUCGGUAUAAAUAACAAAGGGCAAUGUGGUAGAGAUUUCACCACUAGCCAUGUCGCAAACAAAGAAGUCACUGUUGUGGCUAUGGAGACCGGUACCGGUGAAGAUGAAUUAAUCGUAGCUGAAGAAGACGGCAGAGGUCCGAGCGAUGAAUGGGAAGAAGCGGCUGGUAUGUGCCCAGCUGGACAACAUCAAUGGAGACGCAGAGUUUGUAUGGUGUGUACAGUAUGUCGAGAAUGUACCGGAUACAGCAUCAGUUGUCUCAGCAGUAUCCGUCCUGAUCGUAAUCCUGGCCAAGAAUGUGGUUGUGGAGAAGGUGACAGUGGUUGUGCGGAAUGCGGGUGUUGCCGGAUAUGUGCCAGAGAGAGUGUCGACAACGGAGGUGAAUUGGCAGUCUUGGGUCCGUCUGGAGUUGGAGAUAUUACGGAUAUGAUGAGAUUGGACGUGAUGUUUGGAGCGAGGCACGGUGUCAAAUUACCCGAUCAGAUACAAAAAAGAUUAGAAGAAAGACGGCAAAGACAGAGAGGAAAACCAGGUCCGAGUGUGACUAAAUUCGCGAUGAAAAUGAAAGGUGGCAACAAUCAGAGAUCGGCUGGUCCAAGCGUCAUUCCUCAGAAAGGAUCUGCGGGCAAAGGAGGAGUUGCAAUCCCUAGCAACGUCUUGGUCGAAGAAGGAGUCGGUGGAAGCGAUCUGGAAAGAGGAGAUGCCGCACGAGUUUCCAGUCUUCCACCGGCCAGAGUGCCAAUUCCAUCCGAUAGUCCGGUUGUACAAAUCGCAUGCGGUCUUCAUCAUACAGUUGCUCUUUUACAAAAUGGGCAAGUAUACACAUUCGGUAGUAACAUAUACGGGCAGUUAGGAGCUGGAGAUUUAAUAGCUCACGCAGGUCCGGUUCAAGUGAAGUUACCGAGUAUUGCUUCUCACAUCGCGGCCGGCAGUAAUCACUCUGUUGUAUUAACAUCAAAGGGAGAGGUUUAUACUUUUGGGGCGUAUCAGAAAGGACAAUUAGGCAUGAAUUGGUGGAGCGGGCAAAAUGACGCGACCAAUGCAAGUUCGCAAACAAAUCGUAGAUCUGAAAGAUCGCAGCCAUGGCAUAGUUUUCCCAAUAUCGUACCGAACAUUGGACCAAGAUGGGGCCGGCGAGCGACUUGGGUUGGCGCAUCCGGCGAUCAGACUUAUAUAAAAAUUGAUGAAAUUAAUUCCAUUAGUCUGACAAGAAGCACGGUUAUGGCAAAUAAAAAUAGUAUCAUUCUACUGCCGAAUCAAAAUGAUCACGCGAACUCUUUCAAGUGUCUCGUGAUAAAUAAACGUGACGGAAACUGUAACAGCUACAGCGGCACGGAUCAGGUUGAUUUUAGUCAUACGGCAACUUGUUUAGAUCCACUGUACAAUGUCAUAUGGAGUUUUAAUCCUGCUAAUAACGAAAUAAAUUGCUACAACAUCAUAUCUACCGAAACCCGAUCGAUUCCGGGUCUGGAAACUUCCAUACUCAACUCCGAAUUGGCGCUACCAGUUGUCGCUAAUUGUUUUGUAACGAGAUCUCAAGCAGCAAUGCAUCUUUUGGGCUGCCUCGACACUCUCACACAAGCCCAAGAUGAGAAAUUGGUAGUCGUCGAGGAGCAUGAAUGCACACAAUCUUGUCAAGGAAAAGUCUAUAGCAGGGAAGACUUCGUUGCGGUUAACCGAUUUGAGAGUCACGGUGGUGGCUGGGGAUAUUCCGGUCACUCGAUAGAAGCGAUUCGCUUCAUGGCGGACACAGAUAUAUUGUUGGGUGGUUUCGGAUUGUUUGGCGGGCGAGGGGAAUAUACUGGAAAAAUAAAACUCUUUGACAUCGGGAUGGACGGUGAUCAAGAAACGGAUGGUGAACUUAUCGCAGAAACCGAAGAUAUUGCUUACGAAUGCGGGCCGCGACAAAAGUAUCCAAUGUUGUUUGACGAGGUGAUACCUUUGCAAGCCAAUCGUUGGUAUGUCGCAUGGGCAAGAGUUAGCGGCCCUUCGAGCGAUUGCGGUUCUAGCGGACAGGCGAUGAUCACAACUGAAGAUCAGGUACUGUUCUACUUUAAAUCUUCGAAAAAAUCUAAUAAUGGGACGGACGUGAACGCCGGGCAAAUACCGCAGCUCUUAUAUUGCGUUAUAACGCCGGAAAAUCAAACUCCAAACAGACAGAGUGAUCAGGGCGAACCGGUGUACAUAUUGACCAGAGAAUUCAGCAGAACUGUGACCAAAGAAUGUUUCCAAUCAUUAAUAUCUCUGCUGCAAUGGAGUUGGAAUACUCUGAAGGCAGGCUUGUUGGACGCGGCUGUUCAUGUAGGUUCGUCUUCGCAUGCAAUGUUAGAAAUGGAAAGGCUAGUUUACAUCAGUAAAGCCAGUCUCAGAUUAUUACGAACUUAUACCAACGAAAUUUAUCCAAAUCAAGUCGGCAAAAAAACUCCACCGGAAUCUGUACGACUUGCCGAAUGUAUAGGUGAAGUUAGGGGGCUGCUUCGUCAAAUUCUUUCAGAUGUUAUUCCAGUGACCGCUAAAAGUAAAGGCAAGACGCGUACCAGCAGAAGUUCGUUGACCUUAUGUAAUAAAAUGACCGGAAGCAUCCUGGACGAGUGUCACAAAACAUUUGUGUCUUGCUAUCACGCGUUUUAUCCGACCGCGUACCUGAAGUGGACAUCACUUUGCGAUCUCUUAGCCGAAAUCGACAAGGACCAAGGCACCUCUUCGAAGGACAGAUUGCUGUCGGCGGUUUUAGCUUCUCUGUGUCAUCCAUCGGUUCGACUUCGUUCCACAUUUCCAAUUUUGAAUAACGUGAUGGAUAGCUCGGACAGUAUAAAGCGUCAACUGAGUCCAUCUGAUAAUGCCGGCCUGCCAAUGAUGAACUCUACAGAGGCUCAUCACUAUCCAAUUCUAGUCGAACAGAUAAGCUACAAAUCUCAGAUCGAAAGUUCCAACAGAGGAUCGUUGAAUUGGUCUUUUCGCGAGGUAUUGGACAGACUUUUGGACCUGGUGUUGAUUCCAGUUAGAAAAAGUCUAUGCCGCGAAAAGAGUCACUCUUUGCCAGACCUCGUUUUGCAUUGCUGUCAUUUAUUGGCAAGAGUCAUCGCUGAAUUAGCGUCACAAUCGAGCGGAAAUGAGAACGAAGUACAAGGAGCUUGCGGUCGACUGAUGUACACGACACCGUCCCGAUUCACACGAAUGAACCAGAGCAGAUCUUGGAAUACCGGCAAUGGAUCACCGGACGCUAUCUGUUUUUCCGUUGAUAGACCGGGUAUCGUUGUUGCUGGUGUUGGAGUCUACGGGGGCGUCGGUGUCUACGAAUACGAGUUGGAAUUAUUGGAUGACCAAAAUAAUACCGGCAACGAUCCUUCGCAUACUCAGCGUUGGAGCAGCUUAGAUUUUUCGAGAGGCUCUUUUGCGCCGGAAGAUUGCGUUAACGAUGUAGUUGAAUUAAAGUUUGACAAACCCGUUGCUAUUAAAGAAAAUGUCAAGUACGCCAUACGUCUGCGUAAUCGCGGUGGUCGAACGAGCAACGGAGAUGCUGGUCUCAGUGUGGUAAAAGGACCGGACGGAACCACGUUCACAUUCACCGCUUGUUCCUUAAGUUUCAAUGGCACAACUCAAACUCGUGGACAGAUACCCCAUAUUCUGUACUAUUCGAAUCCUCAAGAUUCAGAUAGUCAACAGUCCAGUAAAGCUAUGGCAGAAAUGCAAGCGCGAAAAUGUACUUUGGCCAUGACCGCCACCAUAAUGCAACGUGCCAACGAAAUUUUAUCCCUGGCAAGAGAAAGGGCGGAAGAUUUUUCGUCCAACGAGAUUCUUGGUAACGCGGCGUUCGUUACCACUCUUUUGCCACUGCUCAUGGCGCACAUCAGCCCAUUGGCAACAUCAGAUCCAAGGAGCGGCGUUCAAGUGCUCACACUUAUACAAGAAAUGCUUCCUCACAUCUCGGCGCUAAAUCAAAUAUCGUCAAUGGGUACGUCGCAAGUAUCGCAGGACAGUGAAAUUCAAUCGCACGCUGCUCCGCCGCUUACGACAAGCCAACAUUAUACUUGGCUGGAAAGUGAUCACCCCUAUAAACCGGCAACGGUAUCCCACUACAAAGUCACAUUUUCCGAAUCCGUAAAAUGGCUUAGCGUUGAGUUUACACCCGAUUGCGGAACCGCACAACCGGAAGAUUAUCUACAACUUUACGUACCUAGCGACAUCGUUAGCCCGCCGAUUAAUGCUGGCGCCACCACCGUAACUUCGGAAGAAAAUCUUCCGCAUUGGCCGGUUCUUCAUAAGCUGAGUAGUAUACCGAGUCAGUGGCCACAAAAUGCUGUCGUCUUACCGGGGAAUGAAGUAGUGUUCUCGUUGGAAACUGCAUCCGAUUACGUAAAGGACGAUCGUUCCAAUACCUACGGUUUCAAGUGCUUGGUCAUCGGAUACGAAUGGAUCGGCGGAGUCGGCGGUUUGAAGCAUCUGGAAACCGAACUUGCCUUUCUCGGCGGUGCUUGCGCCGCAAGUUUAAUGAAAAAGCACCUCGCGUUGCCACCCGUGUCAAUGGAGGAAGUUGAAGAGGAUCUCGAUUUAGCGCAGGAUACAGCCAAGCGACUAUUCUCCAGCUAUUCGGCGCUACUGGGAAGGGGAUUCGCACUCGCAUCUCCUCCUACGGUGACCCAGGCACUCGACGGAGUCCUUCCGUUUAGCUGCCAUUCGAACGAGCGACUCUUUUUGCGAGACUUCGUGUCGUGCACAGCGGGAACGAGCGGUGGAAGAUUAGCCCGAUGGCUCCAACCGGACAGUUUCGUAGACCCCGCAAAAUGCGAAGCUCUUUACUCGAGAGAGGAGAUGAGAUGCGGAUGGCCGGCUAUCGUGACAAUUCUGACCAGAGACCAGUACGGCGAGGUCGUUCACGUUUCCGGUCUGAAGAUCGAGGUGAAGGCGGUCCCGAUCGACAAAAAAGACAUAUCCGAUUCGGAUCAGGGUAGAAAAAUGCGUCGGGUCUCCCAACCCGAUCCGAUGACCUUCGGAGGUCAUCCGCAACCGUCUCUCGACGUACCGUACGAAGUAACGGUCAAUAACAAAAUGUGCUUUUACGCCAUAACCAUCAUGAAAGCUUAUCAGAAUUAUUCGUUCGAAGAAUUGAGGUUCACUUCGCCAGCGGUCAAAAGAUCCAGCGAAAGUAUGCUGGUCAGACCGAACGGAGAUGGAAGUUACAGCGCUACUUGGACUCCCGCAUCCGUGGGCUGGUAUUCUCUCAUGGUCACCGUCGACGGUUACUCCAUGGAAGACAAUUACAAGGUCGAGGUCAAGGAGCCUCCCCAGGGCAUGCAGCCUCCGACGCAGAAUAUCGUGAAGAAACCUCAGCAUCAACCUAGCAGACUCAGAAAAUUUGUUGCGAAAAAUAGCGCUGGGCUGAGAAUCAGGGCGCAUCCAUCUCUCCAGAGCGAGCAGAUAAGCGUCGUUUUCGAAAACGAUACCAUUGCUUUCAUAGACGAGAUUCACAACGACGACGGGGUUUGGUUGCGACUCAACGCGGAAACAAUAAAACAAUAUUGUAACAGCGGUCAUCCCGAGGCUUGGUGUCUUCAGUACAAUCAACAUUUGGGUAAAACGUUGUUGCUGCCCGUCGAAGAGCCCAAGACUAUUCUGGAGCAAUUCAUAAGAGAAACAAUUUUGAGAAAAAAACCAGACCACACCGACGAUCGAAGAAAAACCGUGACUUUCGACAGCGGGAAAUGUAUGGUUGUCGUGAAAUGCGGAGCUUCCGGUCACAACAUCCGAAGCAGCCCCAGUCUCAAGGCUCCUCCGGUCGGGAUGCUGGGACUCGGCAAUUCCAUAACCAUUCAGGAAUACCUCGUCAAUAACGAAGGGACCUGGGUUCAAAUGGACGACGACGCGGCGAGUAAAUACUGUUUUCAAGCCGAGGACGAGGCCUGGUCGUUGGCGAUCAACAAGCACGGCGUUGCGUACAUGAAACUUGAACAGGAGCUCGAAAAUGAUCAGACGGAGAGAAAGCAGAUGGUGCCGGACACCUCAUUUUCCCACGAUAACAUCGGAUUCGAUUUUUCCGCACCAUCUGGCAGCAACGAAGGAUUCAAUUUUACUUCGCGAAAUCCCACACCCGGCACCGCCGGCUCCGGAGAUGGAAACAAUAUAAAUCCAUUCGUGUUCGGGUCGUACAAUCAGCACGAUUCUCCAGGCAGCGACAGAUUCACACCGGAGAAGGUCGACGUCUCCCCGAAAUUUCCGAAAUCACAUGCCAAAGAACGAGCGGCGAGAGAACGCGAGCGGGAGAGCGGUGGUAAAUUCAGCGUUCUGCAAAAAUGGUUGCGCGGCGAAGACAAGAAUCACGGAGAUAAGAAAGGAUCAUCCGGAAAAGAUUUUCCGGAAUUCGUCGGAGUCUCGGUCAAGGAAUUGGUCAAAGCUAUAGGCGAGAGCAGAGCGAACGGGAAUGGGUCGACGCCGCCGGAAACGCCGAGAAAAACGUCCAGGAGUUCGUCUCCGAAAAACACCCAAGGUGGGUCACCCAGAUUUCACAGCCGUUCUUCUAGCCCGGUCCCAAUACCCGCGGGGUCCAGCCGACAGCCAGUUGGUUCUGUCAACUGCCUAUUUCCUCCCGCUGCUAACGUUACAGGUGGGAGAAAUUUGAUAGGCGGGGGAGACAGUGCCGGCAGCAGCCCUCUGCUCUGUGGCUCCCCUAGAAGUAUCGGGAUAUCUCCGCUGGCAUCGGGAGCAACGAUGGACAGUGCCACGUCUCAUCGCCGGGGUUCGACUCAGAGCGAUACGAGCGCGUUGGUCAGCAGUCUGACGAGAGAUCCUUCACAAUCGCUGAGCGGAAUCAGCUGCGUUACGGCGAACACCCGCGAUAUAUCACCGAGUCCGAGUUGCAGUUCGAUUCACAUGCGAUCGGAGGACAGCAUCGCAAGUCCGCCGGAUACCCCGCGAAAAGAAAUCGACUCCCAAGACAGUCCGCGUAAGGUGUCUCAGGCUCAAACUCAAACGAGUCCCGAAAACGCCACCACGACCACCGCUAUGAAAGGUCAUUUCAAUAUCGGAGCCGUGGGGAGUAAAGAAGAACGUCUUUCGCCGAAACUGAAUCGCAAGGAUCACGGCAAGGGUCUUAAAACAAGAUUCAAACGAGCAAUGUCUCCGGCCAACGCUCAUCAAACACCGAGUACCAGUCACGCGAUAAAUUUGAACAAAGAGAAGGUAAAAGAAGCCAUCAGUCCGUCGGUCGCCGAAUGUUUGAGGGCGGUAUUCGCGGCUUAUUUGUGGCACGAGGGUAUAGUCCACGACGCGAUGGCGUGCGCCAGUUUUCUCAAGUUUCAUCCGGGUCUGCCUAAACAGGGCGCUCUGGUUGUCACGAGACAGUCGGUCGUACAAACGAACGAUAAGCAGAAGCAAGAAUUGACGAAAGAACAGAAGGCGAGACAAAGACAUUCCGUGGAAGUGAGCAACGCCGGUAAUUAUUUGCACAUACAACCGAGCACACUCGAAACGUUGACCAGAUCGGCGGCGAACGCCAACGCCAACAGAAGUCGAAAGAAGCAAGAGAACGUCAUAAGGGAGGAAGGUGAAGCAAACAAAUUGACAGCUCUGCCGGAAUUUCUGACUGUCGCGAUACUCCCGCCGGCGUUGAAGUGCCUGGUAUUCCUCUGGGAAGAAUUGAGCACCAAUUGUCUCCAGGUGAUAAAUCAACAGAACGUCGUUCAGAGUCCGGUGACUCACGUGCAGACCAUAAAGCUGACGAAAAAAUCAUCCCUCGAUAAAACCGCGAAAGAGGACAAGACGAAGGACAAGGAGAAGAAGACCGGUAGGAAGAAGAAAGAGUGGAAACCGGUGGGACAGUCGAACGCCGGCGAUAGUUUGUGCGGAAUCGAAAGGGAGACGACGUGCGAACUUUGCGGUUCGAUGUUUCCGCACCCGGUCACGUACCACAUGAAAAUGAUGCACCCCGGUUGCGGAUGGCACGCGGGUGGAAAGGGUUACAACAGCGGCGGUAAUUACUGCGUCGGUUGGGCGGGAAAUUGCGGGGACGGCGGUGUAGGCGGUAGCUCCUGGUAUCUGAUCUGCGACACUUGUCGGGAGAAGUAUUUGAAAACGAAGAAAAAUAAACUGACGAAAAAAUUGGUCAGCGGAGUGACCAGGAGAAAAGGAACGAUGAACAGAAUCAUGUCGCCGAUAAAUAGCCCCAGCAGAAACGAGACGCAUAUAAUCAUGAAAAACAACGCGAUGUUCUUGCUGGACUUAGCGAGCGCUUCCGGGUUGAGCAUUCCGAAACAACAGAGGAGACCGUCGCAGACGUUGUCGUCGGUCGCUGAAAAUUACAGCCCGCCCGAACCAGCCGGACCGUUUCCACCGACCGGACCUUUUCAAUGCCUUCAAGCCCUCGGCAUUCACAACUCUCAGAGUCACGACGAGAGAUAUUACGAGGAAACGCUGAGAAGACACAGCGGACAGCAGAACCCGUACGAAGGGAACACCUCGUUCAACGGUAGCAACGGAAGGCCAUUGUCCGAAUGUCCCGUGAGCGACAGCGACAGCGACAGCGGCAAAGGGAGAGGAAUGUUCCACCGAUCCGUUUCCAUGUCUACCGGAGCUCCGUGGGCGCGAAACAGCAACGACGGCAGAGUAGUUAUGAUGCGUAAAAGGAACAACAGCAGCAGUGAGAUGAACAACGAUGGUGGUUCGUCGCUGCUGUGUUAUCCGUCGGCAGCGCUGCAGAAAUUGGUGCCUUCCAUAGAUCAGUCCGCAAUCGUUUCGACCAGUCAAGCGGAAACGGCGAACAACGUCAAAGUGGAAAUACUCAGGCGACCGGUUAUGUCGUUUGUCUUGCAUCAGCACAAUUUGCAGUAUCUCCAACUCGCCAUGAAGCAAGCGUUGCGACGCGCCGCAUGUCGCGUUUACGCCAUGCAAGCGUUGAACUGGCUCUUGAGAAGCGUAACGCAGCCUAUUUGUUUGCACGAUUUACUCUGGUGGUUUUUAUCAUCUCUCACGCCGGUUACACCGGACACGCUCGAUGUCAGCGAAGAUGAUAACCGAAUAGAUAAAAAGGAAGACCAUGACAUGAUCGGGGUCUGCGAACAUCCGUUGAGCGAUUUGGUUGUUGCCGGUGAGGCGGCGAAUCCUCUUCCCGCUGCAUUCCAUACCCUGUUGCAAACCAUUGCCGAUCUCAUGCUUCUGCCGCCGCCAGGAUCGCCGUUACAACAAGCAGCGGUGAGGUGUUGGGGAAUUCGAUUCACACCUGCCGAUCACACGUUUCUCCAUCGGAGUCACGUGUUCAGUAAUAUCAGUAAAAUUCUGUCUCGUUCGGAAGAGGAGGAAGACGUGAAUAUGAGCAUGCACGAGAGCCACCAGUCGACGUUCUCCCAGCAUAUAACGAGCUCUGUCGAGGCGUUGAAAGAUUUGACGACCGGAGUUGAUAUCAAAGUAUCGAGCAGACAAGCAAUGAUAGGCAAUCUGACGGAUAAUUCGACGGAGACAUUUUGGGAAUCCGGUGACGAAGAUCGAAACAAAACUAAAACCAUAACGAUCAUCUGCGGCGCGCACUCGUAUCCGCGAAUGAUUUACAUUCAUAUCGAUAACUGCAGAGAUCUGGCGAACAAAGUUGCGAGCGUCACUUUUCAAUCCGGACCAAACGUUGACGAGCUCUUCAAACUCAGAACUGUCGAUGUUGAAAGCAGAUCAGCCGGCUGGGUCAGUUGCCCGGUAACAGACGCGAGACACGUCGUCGUUCGACUUGGAUUGAAAGGCCCCGACAAUUCGUUGAGGCUUCGUCAGAUACGAAUUUUAGGCGACAUAGAAGGAGAAUCCCUGAAAAUCGGAAAGCAACACAGCGCAACGACGAUCCAACAGAGAAAUUGCGAAACUGAGACGUUGAAAGUGUUUCGUUUGAUAACUUCGCAAGUCUUCGGCAAGCUGAUACAAGGAGAACAGCCGCAACCCGAAGCUGCUGACAUCAGCAACGAAGCUUUGGAGGAAAGUAACGAUCUGCGGGAACACAUGGUCGGCAUUCUAUUCAGUCGUAGUAAAUUGACUCAUCUUCAGAAACAAGUAUGCGCUCACAUCGUUCAAGCUAUACGCAAAGAAGCGACUCGUCUCAGAGAAGAAUGGGAAGCGCUCUUGUGCUCCGCGACCCCCGUGAACAGUCUGAUGAGCGACGGAAGCGAUCUACCGAAGGCCGCGGACACCUACUGUUUCGAAAUGUUGUCGAUGGUUUUGGCGCUAAGCGGAAGUGCGGUAGGAAGAAAUUAUCUGUCUCAUCAGUACGGUUUACUCAGGGACUUGUUGAGCCUUCUCCACACCGGUUCCGCCCGAGUACAAAGACAGGUGACGUCGUUGUUGAGGCGAAUGCUGCCGGAAAUCAAACCGUUGGCCCUGGCAAGUGUGGUGAACGUCGAGCAUUUGCCACCCCCCGAUUUCAGCAUAGUGUCGGUUUCGAACAAAGGACACGUUCAGUCCACCGAAUUCGACGAACACGAUCCGGGGAUCCUCGACGUUUUCCUGAGUUGCAUCGCCAAAGCUUUGACCGUACAGGUCAAAGUCAAGGGAAAAGAGAACAGCGGCAAGGCUCUGCAGACCGUUUCCUUAGCCACGAGUAUUCAUCCGAAAAAUGACAUCGGCACCAGAUGGUGGCUGAGAGGAUGCAUGACGAGAAAAUUAGCCGAAGUUAUCAUACAGCUGUUGAAGGAUAUGGCGGUGGGCAAGAUAUCGGAAGCCUGGGCCGCUGUCACGAAAGCCGCGAUAGCCGAAAACAUAUUGAAUCUCACCAGACUCGACGAAAAAAGUCGCGACCCCAACGAAUGUCUUCACACGCCGACGUUGUGGCUGGCACUCGCUUCGCUCUGCGUAUUGGACAUCGAUCACGUCGAAAGACUUUCUUCGGGACAAUGGAGCGCGGCCGACGGUCAUCCGCCGCCACCCAGGCCGACUUGCAGCAAUCACGACGACGACGAGACGAACGCGAUAAUACAGUGCAACGUAUGCGGAAAUCUGUGCGCCGAUUGCGACCGUGUUCUCCAUUUGCACAGACGGACGCGUUUGCACGUCCGACAAGUAUGCAAGGAAGAGGAAGAAGCGAUUCGCGUCGAUCUCCACGAGGGAUGCGGUCGAACGAAAUUAUUCUGGGUCCUCGCUCUCGCCGACAGCAGGACUCUGAAAGCCUUGGUGGAAUUCCGCGACGGUUCCCCGAGUAAACCGGUCGGUUCGACGUCGGGCGUGUGCCGUUUUUGCGGUACCACGGGGAACACGGGGCUACUGGCCAUCGGAAAUAUCUGUUCCGAUCACGAGUGCCAGGAACAUUCUAAGAACGCUUGCAGCAAGGUACACACCUGCGGACACGUUUGCGGUGGCGUGCGAAACGAACGACCUUGUCUGCCCUGUCUGCACAGAUGUUUGCCCGGAUCCGACCUGAAACAGGACGCCGACGACAUGUGCAUGAUUUGUUUCACCGAGGCUUUAUCAUGCGCACCGGCCAUCCAACUGCAAUGCGGCCACGUAUUUCAUCUGCACUGUUGUCGCAACGUUCUGCUGAAACGUUGGGUCGGACCGCGAAUCACCUUCAGCUUUUCUCUGUGCCCUAUUUGCAAACAACCGAUGGAUCAUCCGGGACUCGCCGAACAACUCGUCAGCGUCAAAGUUCUCUACGAAGACGUCAGGAGAAAGGCUCUGAUGAGAUUGGAGUACGAAGGACUGCACAAGGCCGAGGCAGUAGUUGCGCCGGGUGCGCGUUACCAUCAGGAUCCAGCGGCUUACGCGAUGGAUCGUUACGCUUACUACGUUUGCUACAAAUGUCAGAAGGCUUAUUACGGUGGUGAAGCGAGAUGCGACGCUCAAUUGGGCGGUGAGACUUUCGAUCCGACCGAAUUGGUCUGCGGCGGAUGCAGCGACGUCGCCAGGGCCCAGAUGUGCCUCAAACAUGGUGCUGAUUUUCUCGAAUACAAGUGUCGUUACUGUUGCUCGGUAGCGGUAUUCUUCUGCUUCGGGACAACGCAUUUCUGCAACACAUGCCACGACGACUUUCAGCGAGUCACCAAUAUUCCCAAGAUCGAACUGCCGUCUUGCCCUGCCGGACCAAAAGCGAAGCAGUUGGAGGGAGACGAAUGCCCGUUACACGUAAAACAUCCACCUACCGGUGAAGAAUUCGCUUUGGGAUGUGGCGUUUGUCGUACCGCGCACACCUUCUAAAUUUACUGUCCACACUUUAUUAAUAAUUUAUUACACCUCGAACGGUAGACGACACAAUCGAGCAUCGAACCUCCGAUGAAGUUCCGAGCGACCUAGUUUUUAAUAGUCUCUCUAAUUACGAUUGAUGAUCGUUAAUCGUUAUGGAAUGCCGCGGUUUAGCUAUACUAGUCCAAUUCCGGAAACAAAGGUCACUUUUUUUCAGUGUACAUUCGUAUCCAGCAGACUCGAUGUAUUCCUCCUGAGAUAUUCGCCAGAUUCGAAAUGAUUUCGGAGGAUGUCUUCGAACAAAGUAGAACACCUGAUCACCCAACGGUCUGCUUAAUACGAGCGGAGACGGCCCCGUAAGGGUUUCUUCGCGCGAUGGGGUGACACGCAUUAAUUUAAACAACGCGUGAUUUGAGCCGGAUAACGCGAGUUGCGAUUUUUUGUAACAUGAUGUGUAGAACGAAGAAGUGGAUAACUGAAUUUAAUCAAGUGCACUAAUAAAAUUAUUUAUUAUUCUUAUGAAUAAUCUUUAUAUUAUGUAUACAUAUAAAUAAAAUAUAGGAUAGGUACACGAAGGAGGAGAGGGUAUUCAUGAAUUCUAUAAAUUAUGCAAGGAUACGUUUGAACGAAGAAGAAAAAAAAAAAAAAUUUGAACAAAGUUGAAUGAAUUAGUAAAUAAAAAAUCAUUACGAACAUCCAUAAAAGAAAAAAAAAUUAAAAAUUAAAGAAUUGUAAUCGAAAUUGUAAACAAACAUUAAUUCAUUAUCGAUAAAUAUAUAAAUAUUUUAUGCGAUCUUUAAAAAAAAAAAAAAAAUUUAAAAUAACGGAAAUAAAAGUUGUGAGUGUGACUUAUAGGGCGUAAUGAUGAUAAUGAUGGGAUGAAAAAAAAAAAAAUUUCAUUUACCUAUCGUGUGAGUCAAACUUGAUCUUCGGAUAUGACAUAGUUACAUACCUGCACGUACUCAAGAAAAUGUCAUAGGUAAUUGUCUUAUACAUAUUAAGAUGAACGCAUGCUGUAUUUUUUUUUUAAUUUAUUUCGGCACUUGAGUUGUUUUUUCUUUUCUAAUUUUUUGUUUUCUCGUUAUCUCCGAACAUUCUCGUGCAUUCGUUGUCUUGAAACAAUUUUAUUUAUUACCAUUAUUUUCUAUAACAUAAUUGAUAAUAUCUGAUUGCAAAACUUGAAUUGUAAGUAGGUAUUUCGUUUGGUGCCAUGAUUGAAUUGUUCAUUCCGAUGAUAUAUUAAAUAAAUGGGUACUUUGAUUAUCUCGUAAA